GGUGUGCCUAGGUGAUGCAGGCUAGCGGGGGCGGGACUUAGCUCCUGCUUCAGGUGUGUCUUUGUGAUAGAGCCACAAGGCAUUGAGAGGCAAACAGUAAAGACAUAAACACACAGAUCUAGGUCGACUGACAGGUAAAUAAAACGGCGGUCGAAUUCAGAAAGAGAGAGAGAAGGAAGUGGGAGCAACAGAUGAGAGAAAAUGGAGAGAAUGAAAAAUCGAUUCAUACCUUCCUCCUGAAGAUUUCCAGGAAGAUUAGGGAUUGCUACCUGUCUGGACUUGCAGAGGGAAAGGCAGAUCCCUCACCAAUGAAGACCACCUGGUACUGUCCUCUGGAUCUGUCCACUGUGGUUGAGGAAGAGGAAGAUGGAGUGAUAUACACAGUGGUGGUGAAACAGCAGCAUGGCACCCCCAACAGUGUGACGUCAGCGGUGUCUCGCUCCCAGUGUGUGAAAGCAGGGACAGAAGAGAAGCUGGUGCUCCACCUCCUUCACUCCUUUGCUAUGGGAGACUCCUCCUUCAUCACAAUCUUCCUCUCCACCUAUCGAUCCUUUUCCUGCACAGGCAGAGUGCUGGACAUCCUCACUGACAGGAACUCUGAACUGUCUGGAGGUCAAGGCUUAAAAACAAAAAACGAUCAUGUUUCUGAUGUUGACCUAUACAUUUUAGAAUUGCAUUCCCUAAAUCCCUCAAAAUCAUUUCUUCAUUCCUCCAGAGCGGUGUGUACGGUGUUCAGCACGUGGCUCUCUGAGUAUCCUGAAGACUUUAAGAGUUUGGGGGAGCCGUCUCACCUGCUGCGCCUCGCUCCCCUUUUCCCCCAGGACUCCUCGUCUGCAGCCGAACUCCGUGAUCGCCUCCUCAGGAUCGCAGAGGAUCUCAGCGAGAAAGCCCUGCUCCCUGACUCCCAUAGAGAAAUGGAGCUGUUUGUCCGUCUUGUCCCGUACCACUGCCUCGGCUCCCUGUGGUCUCAGAGGGACAAGAAGGGCAGGGAAGGCGUUUGUUGGUCUGUCCGGGCCACCAUACGACAGUUCAACAAGCUGGCCAAUGCGGUUUUAGCAUCCUGCCUUUGGCCCACAAAUCUGCGCAGCCAACAGAGAGCCCGGCUGCUGGAGAAAUGGAUCAGCGUGGCAGAGGAGUGCCGAGCCAGGAAGAACUUCUCCUCGCUGUAUGCCAUCGUGUCGGCCCUGCAGAGUAAUCCCAUCCACCGGCUGAGGAAGACUUGGCAGGAAACUGACAGGGAGGCAGUGAGGAGGUACGAGGAGCUGUCAGAAAUCUUCUCAGAAAAGGACAACUACUCACAAAGCAGAGAACUCCUCAAGGAGGAGGGCACAUCCAAGUUCGCCAACAUUGACAACAAGAUCAACAACAAACUAGUUAAUCGGUCUAAUGCCCAGGGCACAGUGCCCUACCUGGGCAUCUUCCUCACUGACCUCACCAUGCUGGACACUGCGGUCAAAGACAGGCUGGAUAACGGCUACAUCAACUUUGACAAAAGGAGAAGGGAGUUUGAGGUUUUGGCUCAAAUCCGUCUCCUGCAGUCUUCCUGCAAAAACUGUGUGUUCACCAGUGAUGAGGCCUUCACUCAGUGGUAUCAGAGCGUCCCUACACUAACAGAGGAGCAGAGUUACAGGCUGUCCAGUGAAAUUGAAGCCCCUGGCGAGCCCAGCCCCCGUGGCCUUACUCCCACAGUCAUCAUCACACAGUGCCGAGACCUGAGUAACUCUCGGAGCAGCCUGACGGGUGACAGUGACAGCCUCUUUGACUUUCCCUCCCCUGUCAAUCAUCUGCUCUCAAAACUCACAAAGCAUAUGAGAUCUCCGUCUGUGUCCUGUCUGGAUGUUGACACGUCGUCAACCAUUGAAUCCACCCCUGCCACGUUGACCCCAACCACUCCCACAAAAUCACACCGCCGAUCAGUCUCCUGCGGCAACAACCCCACGUACAACAUCCAAGGGUCGGGGCCUGACAUGCAAAUCAUCAGGAUACGGAUGGACCUGCACGAUGGAAACUUAUACCGAAGCAUACUGGUCACCAGCAAUGACAAGACACCCACCGUCAUCAGCUCUGCCUUAGAGAAGCACAAUCAGGACCCCAAACAGACGUCCAGAUAUGAGCUGAUCCAACUUCUGCCUGAAGGAAAAGAGCUGAUCAUCCCUGCUACAGGAAAUGUCUUCUAUGCCAUGACAUCAUCUAGUGUUGACUUCCUUUUGAGGAGGAAAGGCGGGAACACUCCUCUGGGCUCAUCGCCGCUCAGCACCGAGUCAAGCGCCACGUUUCCUCGAAUCAAAGCCAAGGGGAGGAGACUGGUCCGGACACUCUUUUGACAUCGGACUUUCCUCAACCCGACCUUGUCCACAGUGACGGGGUUUUCUCCUCACAAACAGUAAAUGUGGCCUUUCACACAUGCCUUUCCCUCAUGCUCCUCCAUAGCUUUUUCUACCAAAACACCAAGACCAGGACCACGUCUGAAUCUGCUGCUGAAGAACUGUCCGUUUCCUCUUCUCCACACAGUAUGCAUAACUUUACACCAAGAGAAAGAGCAAUGGAAGCCUUUAUCCGAGUGCUUUUGGUGCUGGCUCUAGAGUCCCAGUCAGGGACACUUGAUGCAUAUUUUUCAUUCCAUCUCAAUGAAUAAGAUCUGUUUUAAUUGCUUCUAUCCGCAAUCCGGAAAUCCCCUUGUCGUUGCGUACCUCAGUUGUGAGCGAAGCUUCGAAAUGUAAAAAGAGGAUUUAAUGGAUCAGAACGUCUGUAAACACCUGAGAUGCUGAUGAAGGAUUAAGGAGAGAGUGUUUAUUCGGGAAGAAGCAUGAGGAAAUCUAAAUAUACAGAGCCUGUCAGACGAGUUCUUGGUGAAGAGCACACAUGAGGAGAGCCCAAAGACAUAGUGAGAGUGCACCAUUGUAGAAAAAACACUGGAGCUUGACAAAUGAGACCUAUAUAUGUUUUGUACAUAUUUAUAUAUUUUGUACGUCUGAAAGAUGUCCACAUCGUGUUUACACCGGCGAGGAGCUUCAGGUCCAUGUGUCCGAAUUGUCUAAAAGAAAAAAUGCAUCAAAUACCUGCAAGAUUUUAAAUUUAAUUAAUCAAUCAAAAAUAAUUUAUUUUUUAUUUGAAAUGAGCUGCUUGUUUUGACUGACCUAAAAAUAAUGAUUGACUACAGCUAUGCAACACGUUUUGUCCUGCAGAACACAGAACGUUCCUUCAUGGUGAUUCUCACAGCUGUUAUCAACCCUGUUUCAGCAGCAGCUGUUGGGUGAAGCCCCUGAAUGCCACCUGUCCACAGCAGACACACACAGUUAGAGAUUUGCUGGUGAAACAAUGUCAGCUAAAGAGAAAGAUAUCUUUUCUCAAGAGUUGUUUUAGACAAAACUACCCCUUAAAGGAGAGUGAUAAGCACUUGUGUUAUCAGUCUGACGGUAAUACAACUCCAGAUAAACACUUCCUCUUCAGCUUGUUGCAUAAUUAGGCAGCUGUUUGGCAACUUUAUAAGCUGUCGUAGCUUGUUUAAAAAAAAUCUUCUGACCUCUAGUGGCCAAAACAUUGAUUGUUGCAGCUUUAAAAAACAACCUCGCAGCACUUUUAAAGCUUGUGGCUGUGCUUCAGUUCCUCACUGCUGUACCAAAACCAUGAGGAAGGCACUAAGGAAAAUCUGAUCUACCUUCAUAGGUUUUACAGCUCUUACAUCAACAGAGCAUAAUGUAAUUCAUGCACAUUCGUACCCAGCUCUGCAGCUACUGUUUACAUACAGUACAAAGCCUCAUGUUAUAAAUGAACCUGUUACCUUCCGUGUAGGUUUGAAACACGUGUGACCUCUGGCUGUAUCUGCUCAGUGCUUGUGAGGCCUCCUUACAGGCUGAGGCUUGAGCAUAGCGGACCAGGGAGAGGAUUCUGAGUAAUAAUGGAUGACGUGCACUAGCAUGAUACUAUGCUACUGAUUGUUUUAGUGCCUUUCUCCACAGGAUGCUCAUCUUUCCCGUGUUUAGAAUGUAUACAGUGUACGUGAGGGAAUCGCAGUCACCUCAGUGCUGUGCAGUUUCACAUCAAAGCUAUUUAUGCACUACAUGCAGGAUGUCUUAUUUUUGUGGUAAUAAAUUUACUUUUCUAUGAAUUUCAA